AUGCGCGUCAAUGCUCGAAACUUCACUCGAUGGGCGUCAGGCAUACGAAACUCGUCAGAACGUGAUCUUCUUCAACUCUCGCCCUUCUCCUGUUCUGUUCACAGGACAAUCUGCCACCAUGCGCGGCCGAACAGGCCACGCGCGAAAGUGCCUUCGGUGCUCCCCAAUCUGGAUCCUCGACGAGGUGCGAAAACCAAAGUGGCUGUCAAGCUGAAGGACCUUCCUCAGGGCGUGCUCAAACUAGAGGCAUACCAGGAUGUGAAGGACCAUGUGCCUCAGUAUCCAACGGUCAUACAAGGCCAUCGUAACAACAUGCAGAAAUUCAAGGACUGUGUUGUUCUCACUCGGGUUGGAGGAUUCUAUGAGCUUUACUUUGAGCAAGCUGAAGAAAUUGCGCCCUUGCUUAAUCUGAAACUCGCAUCUAAGAAGACAAGUGCCGGCGCUGUUCCUAUGGCUGGAUUUCCUUUCUUCCAACUGGAUCGCUUCCUAAAGUUGCUUGUUCAAGAUCUCAAUCGCUACGUGGCUAUCAGCGAGGAAUUUGCUGUUGAUCCAGAGGACAAAACGAAGUCCGGUGGCCUCAUGUGGGACCGCAGGGUAGCCAGAAUUAUUACUCCAGGAACUUUGAUUGAUGAGAAGUUUCUGGAUCCAUCAGAGAACAACUUUCUGCUCGCAGUAUAUCUCGACGUCAAAUCAUUGAAAAAAGUCUCGCAAGAUCAAUCUUUUGCGCAAUCAUCACAGCACCUACUAUCUUCAGUGCCCAUAAAUGCUGGCUUGGCCUGGAUAGACUUGUCUACUGGGGAAUUCCGCACACAGCUCACGACGCUGCAGAUGUUGCCGUCGGCCAUAGCUCGAAUCGGAGCUCGAGAGAUACUUGUCGACCAAAGAGUUGAGAAUCUCAUUGGACAAGAACUGCAGCUUCUUGUUGGUCGCGAUCAUCGUCUCGUCACUUUUUUCAAGUUCCCAAACAUAAUAGCACCCAUGUCCGAAUGGAACCAUAUGUUAGAGUCCCCUGUUCCAGAAAAUGCAAUCCGUGAUUUUACGGAGGAGGAAGUCGCUGCCGGUUUCAGCCUACUUGAAUACACAAGAGGACAGCUUCAGAGAACAGACCUCAAACUGUUACCUCCUCUGCGACGACAUCUUGACGAGUCGAUGAUCAUCGACCGAAAUAGCCUGAGUGGUUUGGAGAUACUUGAAACUGCUCGCGAUGGUUUUGGAAAGGGCAGCCUAAUUCACGCUGUUCGCCGAACGAGCACGAAGAGCGGCGCUCGUCUGCUGCGCGAUCGACUGACUUCACCUUCAACAUCUAUCGAAGUGAUCAACAAACGAUUGGAUUUGGUUUCGACCUUCCGUGAAGACGUCGAUCUUCGCGACAGCGUGAUUCGGCUGCUCAAAAGGAGCUACGACGCUCAGCGUCUCGUUCAGAAAUUUGCCCUUGGCAAGGGAGACGCCGAUGAUUUGAUAUGCCUUUCCCGUGCCAUUGUAGCUGCGAGAGAGGUCAAAACCUUGUUAUUGCGCCAUGCAAGCUGUGAUCCUGAGCCUGCAGGUAUACCCAGUUUAGCAUCAAUGACCUCACGGCUUGACCUCGACGGCCCCAUCGUUCUAGCUGAACGUAUCAUAGCUGCGAUCGACGAGGAAGGGCUGCUACAACAGCAGCGUAUCCAGGAGGGCACUGCAGCCGAAGCAGCCAACCUUGCGCAGAAAGUAGCUCUCCACGAAGGCACCCCCGCCGAGGUAGAAGAGUUGCCUAAGAAAGUCCGUGCUAAGGCAAAUGACCGUCGGGACUCGGGGGAUGCGGAAUUCAUGCCCACAGAAGCGUGGAUCAUGCGUCGUGAGGCCAGCUCAACACUCAAGUCUCUCCACGGAAAACUGGAUCAGGCUUUUGUCAACAAGGAAGCUCUUGUUCGACGCUUACGUGAAUCUGUUGGAUCUACCAACUUGACUCUCAGGUGGACACCAGGACUAGGCCACAUAUGCCAUGUCAAAGGGGCCAAGAUCUCUCAAGCUGCUCUUGAAGAUUUAGGGGUGACGCGCAAUGUGUCAUCUACAAAAUCCACGCGGUCCUUUUAUCUCCCUGUCUGGAGCGAGCUAGGCAAUCAAAUGGAUCACAUCAGACUGCGAAUCAGACAGGAGGAACAACUAAUCUUCGAGCGUCUUCGCCGGGAGGUCAUUCUAAACCUGAUGAAAAUCAGACGCAAUGCGGCAGUCAUGGAUGAGCUGGACGUUGCGUGCUCUUUUGCAACUCUGGCUCAAGAGCAGCAAUUGGUUCGACCGAUUCUGAACAACGGCAGGACGCAUAACAUCGUCGGUGGCCGUCACCCUACAGUCAAACUGGGCCUGGAAGAGCAAGGUCGAUCUUUCGUGAGCAACGACUGCUUUCUCGGUGGACCGGAACGAAUCUGGCUCAUCACUGGCCCCAACAUGGCUGGUAAAAGCACCUUCCUUCGACAGAAUGCUUUGAUCACAAUCAUGGCUCAAGUCGGCUCCUACGUGCCUGCGCAUUAUGCUGAGAUAGGCAUCGUCGACCAAAUAUUCAGUCGUAUUGGAGCCGCAGACGAUCUGUUCCGCGAUCAGUCAACAUUCAUGGUCGAGAUGCUCGAGACAGCUGCUAUAUUGAGACAAGCUACUCCUCGAUCUUUUGUCAUCAUGGAUGAGGUUGGCCGAGGGACUACUCCUGAAGAUGGUACUGCGGUCAGCUUUGCGUGUCUUCACCAUCUACACUACCGCAACCGCAGUCGCGUUCUCUUUGCAACGCACUUUCACGCGCUUGCUGAUAUGACCAAUGGGUUUGAAUCCUUGGCAUGCUAUUGCACUGAUGUCCAUGAGAGACCCGAUGGGAGGUUUUCUUUUGUGCAUCGUUUACGUAAAGGUGUCAACCGCGAAUCACACGCACUUAAGGUGGCUCAGCUUGCUGGAUUACCCGAGGACACCAUCGAGCUAGCUUGUCGUGUUAAAGGGGAAAUACACAAACAAAGACGAGAGACAGGUUGA